AUGGGAUAUUUGUUGAAAGAGGCUUUGAAGAAUCUCUGUGGAGCCAACCAGUGGUCUUACGCUGUUUUCUGGAAGAUAGGUUGCCAAAAUCCCAAGCUUUUAAUCUGGGAAGAAUGUUUUUAUGAUCCUGUAUCACAAUCCCGUCUUCUUGGCAUUUCCAGGAUUGAGGAUCUGGGAAUCGGUUUUGAUGGCUAUAAUGAUUGUGUGUUUACAGCUGGGGUUCAAGCAGGGGAUAAAUUGCAUUUCCUUAUAAAUAAGAUGAUGAUGGACAAUCAUGUUAAUGUUGUAGGAGAAGGAUUAGUUGGAAGGGCUGCAUUUACGGGAAACCAUCAGUGGAUUCUCUCUGAAGAUUGUACUAGAGAAGCCCAUCCACCAGAGGUUCUACAAGAGCUUUGCCAACAAUUUUCAGCUGGCAUGCAGACAGUUGCUGUUAUACCUGUUCUUCCUCAUGGUGUUGUUCAGCUAGGUUCAUUCUUUGCUAUGGCGGAGAAUAUGAGAUUUGUAAAUGACGUGAAGGCCUUAGUUUUUCAGCUUGGACACGAUCCUGGUCUCUUGCUAUCUGAUAAUUAUGUAGCAAAAGAACUUUCUCCAAAAAUAGGGGUACCUGUAUUUCUUGGGAAUUCUACCUCUGGGGAUUUAUCUGGCAUAUCGAAUAUGACCAACUCUAUUCCAUUCAUUGCUGACAGUUACAACUAUGUGGAAAACUCUGCUCAGACUACUGAGUUUGUUGGUGACACAUCUCAUUCUUUAGCAAGACAAAUCCAGGAUAAUUUGCAGUUUAAUGGUGCAACAUUUCAUGCCUCUAGCUCAAGCCAAAGUCACGUUCAGCUCUAUGAUGAUCUCAAGGAAGCGAAGUUUGCUAGGAGAAUGAAAUCGAACUCUCCCUUGGCAAAUGAAUUAGUGACAAAAGCUGAAGUUAUCUACUUGAAUCCGGAGAUGUUGAUGAACCAACAGGCUUCUCUGCACAUCCCAAGAUCUGCUUUGCAUCAACUAUCUUCCAGCAGUUCAUCUACUAUUGACAAUGGCAGCUCAAGGUGGGUGGAAAAAGGAACAUUGUCAAAUGCUGGUAUUCAGUGCCAUUUUGGCAGCCCCAAUGUGUCAUCUGGUCUGUUGACGUCUGUGCCAAGAACAAAUUCAGACCCGAUAUCUAGUUCUCAUGAAGAUCCUGUUGAUCAUUUGACAUCCAAUCACUUGCUCGUCUAUGACUCUGGUAGCAGACAUUAUUUUACAGGUGACAGAAAAGCAAUGCGCGAGUUGAAUGUGUGCAAUGAAAGAAUGGAAAACAAUAUAGUUCAAGCUCAUGCUAUCCCCCUGUCCAAACAUGAUGAGCAUAAGAAUACGGUUGGGCUUCUACCUGGUGUUGCUCUAGCUGACAGAAAGUAUGAACUUCAAGGUUGUAGUCGAUCUUUUAGAAAUACUGAAUAUGAAGAUGUAUGUAUCGGACCUCAAUCAGGAGAUGAUUUGUUUGAUAUUUUGGGAACUGAAUUUAAGAACAAACUAUUAAACGAUCGCUGGAGUAAUAGUUUGAAUAAUGCAUCAGACUCGAACAUGGGUAAUCUGGAUAACAAUAAUUCUCCAUCUGUAAAAACUCAGGACGCUGCUUCCGAAAUAUAUUCUCUUUACUGUGGAAACUCAAAUGGCAGUGAACAUCUCUUAGAUGCUGUGGUCUCUGAGGUUCACUCUUCUGCUAAGCAGCGGUCAGAUGAUAAUGUUUCUUGCAGGACAACAUUGACAAAUAAGAGUAGUUACUGCACCUACGGCCAGGUUCAGGUUCUUGAUCAAAUUAAGGAAGAGUUAUUAGGUGUUCCGGAAUGUCUGGCAAAAGCAGAAGCAAUGAGUUGUUCAUUUCUAUCUGAAUCUUCUAAUGAUUAUUCGGGAACCUAUUCCCAGAGUAGUUCCAUUUAUGGAUCACAAAUAAGUUCAUCGAUUGUAAAGGGUCAGGACAUCAAACAGAGUAGCAGUGUGUUGACGGGAUACUCUAAGAAGCCUGAUGAAAUGAGCAAAACAAAUCGCAAGAGGCUUAAACCAGGAGAAAAUCAUAGGCCAAGGCCGAAAGAUCGCCAGAUGAUCCAAGAUCGUGUAAAGGAAUUAAGGGAAAUUGUGCCAAACGGGGCAAAGUGUAGCAUUGAUGCUCUUCUCGAACGUACUAUCAAGCAUAUGCUUUUUUUGCAAAAUGUCACAGAGCACUCAGACAAGCUAAAACAAACAGGGGAGCCAAAGAUUAUUAGCAAGGAUGGUGGUUUGCUCUCGAAAGAUAACUUUGAAGGAGGAGCAACGUGGGCAUAUGAAGUCGGUUCGCAGUCUAUGGUAUGCCCUAUCGUAGUAGAAGAUCUAAAUCAACCCCGUCAAAUGCUUGUGGAGAUGCUUUGUGAAGAGAGAGGUUUGUUUUUAGAAAUUGCUGACAUAAUUCGAGGGCUGGGGUUAACCAUUUUGAAGGGGGUUAUGGAAACUCGGAAAGACAAGAUCUGGGCACACUUUGUUGUGGAGGCUAACAGGGAUGUGACAAGGAUGGAGAUUUUCGUCUCACUCGUUCACCUCUUAGAGAAAAAUGCAAAAUGUGGCGUUCAACCAGCCGAAGGCUAA